CCUGACGAGAUCGGAAAGCAGCGCUUCAGCACUAUAUGGGAGGAAUCUCCAUCAAAACCAAAACAGAAGGCGCCCGAGCCGAAUCCGGACGGCUCUUUUUUAGGGUGCAGGGAAAUCAAUGGCCCAAACGACAAAAACCCCGACGAGAUCCUAUUUUUCUCGACGGCCAACGAGCGCCCAAGAGUAGUAGAUGUCUCGGUACCAAUGGCCAAAGCGAAGGAGUGGAAGAAACUCGCAACGCCGAGUCACCCGGCGACACCAGCAUUGGAGGAAAAGACUGUCGUUCAAGAAGAAUGGAAACCAAUUUCUCAGAAUUUGAAGCAUGCCCAAUGCUCCAAGCAGUCGCCGAAGACGAUGUGUCGCGAGACCACAUGCACGCACCAGGAAAAACCAGAGAUGUCUGCGCGUAUUUCAGGCAAAGAGAACACACGCCACGCUGCCAGCACAACGAGAAUCCCGGACCAGAGAAAGAACCAGGGGGACGAUGUAUUCAUUAUCACACCCACUAUCACACGCACUAUGGUGACUAUGGCGGAUACGAGAAGCGCUACAUCGACGCAAACACGAAUACAGCAGCCCACGUCUCGAGUGGCAGGCGAGACAGUCAAGGAUGCGAGGGUGAAGCCACAGAUGAGCUCUUCACCAUCAGGGUUACGACGAGCGACCCAAAAUUCGUGGGAGAGAUCACACGUAACUUAUACAGUACCUUCAAGAGGCACUCCCAUCACAAGCACCCCCGUGGUACAGCAAACUCGAGCAGAGCUGGAACACUUGGGCGUAGAGAGGCGCCGAGCUAUACGUGGGUACAUCCGUAUGCCAGGCAUGGUAAAAUCGCGCACAGAAAAUCUCGGUCAACGCACACAUAAUUCUGCUUCAUCACACGUGUGUGUUGCACCGCCGAGCAACGAGAACCAACCCCCUGCCAGGAGUGUUUCGGACUCGUCUCAAUUCUUUCCAUCCUCGGCCCAGGAUAUUUCUCCCGCCAGUUCGCUCACCAGGGAUCAACGAAAUCAAAAAGCACCACCGCAGACCGCUAGAAUUGUUGAAGUGGCCGAAUUGGAUGGCCUUCAAGUUGAUGAUCCUAAAGAAGAGAGUAGGACAGAUCACAAGGAAGACCACAGGUCGAGCGACAAGUGCACACCAAGAGAGCAUGCUCGUCUGAAAGUCACCGACCUACAUGCUGGUCUGCAAGCUAGUGUCGUACAGCCGGAUUACCGGGGUGUAUUGAAUUCGGUGACUAUGAGUUUAUUGAUGGACAUCUUCGUUCUGUCGGCUGCACAGGCACAAGGACUUUUUGCUCAAAUAAUGGACAACAGGCAUUCGAGGACAGACUUGUUCAGGGUUGCCUUGAACUGUGUCCUGAACAUGGCUGAGCAUUGCUUACAUGUUUUCAGGAACCUGCUCCAUGCUUGCUCCGUUUACACUACAACAGGGGCCUGGCCUAGGCCAAGCGAGAAGGAUUUUGCUCGCUUGCUGACCGAUCUUUAUCAAGCCACGAUUUACCUUGCUGCUCUUGGUUUCAUCAUGAUGCUUGUAGGUCGGGCGCUUGGGUAUGUGGUUUUGAUUGGAAGCUGGAUUGUGUGGUUCAUAAGGCCUAUCGGGUGGCUUUUAGGCGCUCUGGGAAGAGUUCUACUGGGCAUGACGAGCUGACAUCAUUGAUACUUUCCUUGUUCUUGU